GAGGAACAAGAAUUGCUCUCAUUUCCCCUUGCCUGCCACAACUGGAGUUUCCCACAACAGGGUGCUGGGCUUCCAGGACUAGGUUAAGAAAAUAAACUGGUGGGCAAAAUGGCCAGGAAGAUGAGCAUCGACCAGCUGGAAGACCAGCUGCUCUGCCCCAUUUGCCUGGAAGUCUUCAAAGAGCCCCUGAUGCUCCAGUGUGGGCAUUCAUACUGCAAGACCUGCGUGGUCGCGCUUUCAGUUGACCUGGAGAGCCAGUUCCUUUGCCCGGUGUGCCGGAAGGCUGUGGACUGCGGCAGUUCCCCGCCCAACGUCAAUCUGGCUCGUAUCAUUGAGGCGCUGCAUGCUGCAGGCAGCUCAGAUCCCAACGAGGAGUCCUGCCCUAACCACCACAACCCCCUCAGCCUCUUCUGUGAGCAAGACCAGGAGGUGAUCUGUGGUCUCUGCGGCACCAUUGGCACCCAUCAGCACCACAAGGUCACCCCCAUCUCGUCCAUCUACAGCCGGAUGAAGGAGAAGCUCUCUGCGUUGAUGACGGAGGUGCAGAAGCAGAAGGGGAACUUGGAUGAGCAAGUCAGCAGGCUGAUGAACAACAAGACACGCAUUGCGAACGAGUCCGAUGUCUUCAAAUGGGUGGUCCGGAAGCAGUUCCAGGAACUGCACAGGUACAUCGAUGAGGAGAAGGCUAGGUUCCUGGGGCGAAUUGAGAGGGAGGCAGGCCAACUUAUUGCCUCCAUCGAAGUCCAGGUGAAUCAGACGACGGACAUCUUGCAGAAGCUGAAGGAGCUGGAUAAUUCCCUGGAGAAACUCAACAAUGAAGGACAGUUGGAUUUCAUAAGGAAAUACAGAUCUCUUCCCUCCAGGUCUGAGCUCCCCCGCCAGCAUCUGGCCGAUGGUAUGUUCAGCGCAGUCUCCUUUAAGCCCGACUUCCACCAAGAUGACAUCAAGAUGAUGGUGUGGAAGAGACUACUACGCAAAGUCCUCCCAGCUCCAGAGAUGCUGAAACUGGACCCAGUGAGUGCACACCCCAUCCUGGAGCUGUCCAAGGGAAACACUGUGGUCCAGUGUGGGGUGUUCUUCCAGAGGCGAGGCAGCAACCCAGACCGCUUCGACUACAGCAACUGCAUCCUGGGUAACAAGGGCUUCUCCUGGGGGAGGCACUACUGGGAGGUGAUUGUGGGCCUCAAGAGCCACUGGCGUUUGGGCAUCGUCAAAGCCACGGUCAGCCGCAAGGGCAAGCUGAACAAGAGCCCUGAACAUGGGGCGUGGCUGAUCGGCCUGAAGGAAGGCAAGGUCUAUGAGGCCUUCAACAACCCACGCGUGGUGCUGCCACUCUCAGCCCGCCCCCAGCGCAUCGGGGUCUACUUGCACUACGAGAAGGGUGAGCUGACCUUCUACAAUGCCAACAGCCCUGACGAACUGGUACCAAUUUACACCUUUCAAGCAGAGUUCCAGGGCAAGCUGUACCCCAUCCUGGACAUGUGUUGGCAUGAACGGGGCACCAACACGUUGCCCAUUGUCCUGCCUACACCCACCAUGCUGCAGGUCCAAGAAGAUGAUGGCCUCAAUGCCCAGGAGCCCACCAAGUUGUAAGUGGGUAGUUCCUGCCUGCUGGGCUGCAGAGUCAGUGCCAUGUUGCUGCAGCUGCAGGGGAGAAAGGCGCCAGCCACAGACCGCUCUGCUCCAAAGCAUGGCAAGCUGGACUAGAGAAACCCUGAUCAAGGUGUAACUGGAUUUGUAUUCUCACAUGAGAACAGUCCCCACAUACUGUAUACAAGGUGGGCUCCAGAGGUUUGUUUGAGAACCUUUUGCCUUCAGCUCAGCUGAAGGAGUGAGAACAUGGCUGGUUAAUCAAGGAGCCAUGUUAAGCAUCUCAAGAGCAAGUGAGAGAGACAGCUCAAUACAUUUUGGUGCCUGCUUUGAAGAAACCCAGUGAUCCCCCAAGGAGGAGAACUUCCUUUUUUCUAAACGGCAUGGUCCAAGGAUCAGCUCAGUCGUUCUCCCUGCUAACUGUCCUUGAUGGCACUCUCAAUCUGUUCAACCACCUCACCUUGCCUCUGGGCUGCCUCUAGGAAACAUGCCAGUUAAUUGAUGCUUAAACUUCAAAGGCUCGUUGCUUCCCUCUCUGCCUUUUAGUCUUCUUCACCAGGAAGUUUAAAGGCUAGAUUUCAUACAGCUUCCUGACACAUUGCUACAAUCGUCCUGCAUUUGCCAAUGCCAUGGGGCCACAUUUAAAAGGGGGGAAGAUUAAAGGCUGAAACUGUCCUACCAAUGUCUUUGAAAAUGCUUUCCCAUCACAUCCCUUUGGUCUGCCACAAAUGCACUUUAGAGGUUGCACCAGAGCAUUAUGUUUAAUCUGUUUUAAGGCAGACUUUGCCAACAUGGUGCCUUCAAUAUUACUUGGACUAAAAUGCCCAUCAGCCACAGCCAACUCAGCUCUAUUAUGCCAGUGUUGAUGGGAGAAUAAUAAUAAUAAUAAUAAUAAUAAUAAUAAUAAUAAUAAUAAUAAUAAUAUAUUAUUUAUACCCCGCCCAUCUGGCUGGGUUUUCCCAGCCACUCUGGGCGGCUUCCAACUGAAUAUUAAAAACAGUACAGCACCAAACAUUAAAAACUUCCCUAAACAGGGCCGCCUUCAGUUGUCUUCUAAAAGUACAGACAUACUGGUCAGGACUGAUGCGAGUUUUAGUCCAAAACAUCUGGUGGCACUAGUUUGGGGAAGGCUGGUUAUGGGUUGCUCUUAAGCAGGGAUGGAGAAGCUGUAGCCUUCCAGGUGUUUCCAAACCAUAGCUCCCAUCUUCUCCAGCCAUUGGCCAAGCUUGCUGAGGCUGAUGGAAUCUGUAGUUCAGUAGCAAUGGCAGCCCCAUGGACUCCCCAUGCCUGUUCUUAAGUGUUCUAUCCUCCUUAGUCUGAAGCUUCCCUCUCUACCACUUCCUUGAACACCUAAAAAAAGAUUAAGAAUUGACAGUCCCUACCUGCAGGCUGAAAGGAACACAAGAAAGGAGCCUAGAAAUGGAAGAGGACCAUUGAAGCAGUGGUUCCAUCCAUCCAUCCUCCAGUGAGCUUCAAGCUGCAAACUGGAAGUUAUCCAGAUUUAUUUUCCUCCUUUGUUUAGUAGACAUCCAAAAAGUUCUCCAAGGUGGCUGAAUUGUCCAGUUGUUUUCCUACUAGCUUUGCUUCCCAUGCUUUUGUAACACGUUCGAUCAUGCGCUUUUAAAAUUUUGUAUGUACCUAAUUCUGCAGCCUCUAGGCAGUGUAGAAGGAGUAAACAAAUAUUCCCGUUGCAAUUAAAGACGAUCGUGACACAGCCAUAGCACAACCCGAUACAGUAGCAGAAUGGGAAAUCCGUUUUUAUUAAUCCUUCGGAAAUACAGAGUUAUUGACAGCCUCCAGAGCUACCAAAGAGUAUCCACCACAUGGUCCUUCCAGCUGGUGAGGGAUCUCACAGGGAGCAAAUCCCACUGCAGGAAAUGUCUGCUUUCUACCGGUACCUGCAGUUCUUGUGCUUGUGCUCGAGGUGGGAAGAAGUCACUGAAUGCACCACCAUCCAUUCAUGCUAUACUUGGGUUGCUGAUCCAAAGGUCGGUGGUUCGAAUCCCCAUGAUGGGGUGAGCUCCCAUUGCUCUGUCCCAGCUCCUGCCAACCUAGCAGUUCGAAAGCAGACCAUAGAUAAAUAGGUACCGCUGUGGCGGGAAGAUGAGAUAAGCGUCACACACCAUAGUCCCCUUUGACUGGACUUAACCGUCCAGGGGUCCUUUACUUUUCACCUUUACCCUUUUACCUUACAUGUUGUUGGAUUUUGUUGUUACUGUUUUGGUGGCUAAUUUUUUUAUGAUGACAAAUAAUGUUGUAUUAUGUAAAUCAAUGUGCUUGUAAGCUAUUUCAAGCUCCCCUCCCCCACCUGCUGGACCAAA